AUGAGGUUGACGGAAACUCGUGGACGGCGCCUACCUGAUGAACCCCAAAAAGGGCGAAACCAGUUGUGGGCUGUCGAAGAGUUUCCAGCAACCUUGGCAAACAACAUGGAGAAUUCAUCACCUCGAACUCCUUUAACUGAUCACAAUUUUGUUGAGACGCAUCAGAAACGAAUCUUUAUGUUCGGAUGUCCAGCCCACUCUUCUUCAUCGUCUGUUUCGCCAAACUUGAGUGACCACAUGGAUUUGCUAUAUCAGCCCAAACGGAACACCCUGUACUAUGCAAAGAAUAACGUGAGACAACAUAAGCUGCGUUGGUCGGGACAUGUGUUGCGCAUGCUGAACUAUCGUUUGCCAAAUAGAGUGCUGUUUUCCGUGCCAAGCGCAGAGUGGCGGAAUCAGAGAGGUGACCAGCCCUUGACUUGGUAG